AUGGCAGGUGCCUGUCAUCCUGAGCUCAACCUACGGAGGCAGGCGGCGGUCAUGUGCGAGUUGUGCGACCCGUCUGCGUCGAGCACGCUUGCGGCGCCGUGGGUCGGCCAUUGGGUCGAUCUCCCUGGCCCGUUCCGCCAUUUCCUUCUGCUGUAUGACGUCCUCGCAGAAACUGUCCGUGUGGAUGUGGAGUGCAUUCUCGCGCGCGAGUGCAGGGCGCGAUGCUCGCGCACGCUGGCGCCGGUGUGCGCGCUGGUGGCCGUCGGCGCGGCGCGCGACCUUCGCCUCUACACCAACUAUUGCCAUCUCAAUAAAAUACGGUGCCUUCUCAAUAAUCACCUCAAAGUUACAGUUAAGCGACUCCCUGAUUACGUUUGUGGUGUAGAAAAGCCAGUGGAGGUAACGGACAGCAGACGUUAUAUCGACCACACUAUAGUGGGGAGCAGAAACUUUUGCAACCACACGUGUCCCACACACUGCACUGACAUCUACGAACCGGUGUGCGCCAUAAUCUGGGACCAGAAUAGUAAGAACCGAGGAACCCAUGUUUUGGUCAACCACUGCCAUGCUGACUUGCUGUCCUGUUCAUUACAAGCGACUGUUCAGAUUCAGACUAUUGACUAUUGCUUAGGGGCAAUGACUCAGUUUGCCUAUAAUGCAAUGUCACAAGCCGCCGCUAUGAAAAAACUGGGGCUCAUCACAGUUUGAUUUUUGUGAUAGUAUAACAAAGGAAUACUGUUAUAAUGUUUAUACUUACACUUUGAAUUAUUAAAUAAGUGGAUUUCCUAAUAUUAGAGCAG